AUGCAAUGGCUCUUCAAAGAUGACUUCGUCCAAGUUCUCGACGUUGGCGGCUUUAUUGCGUCUUGGUACGAAGGUGGCGGCCAAAGACUGCAGUUCACCGCCUUCUCUCGCCCCGUUCCCAGCAAAACCAUGUCAGUUGUCGCUCAGAUACUCUUUAAUUUCCAGUACAACUGUAUCAACAACCUCAAGCGCGUUCGUGUUUCGCGCGACAGAGGGGAGUUCCGAGUAAGCCUUGGAUUGGCUAUGUCUCGGUGUGGUAGUAGGACGCUCGGUAAUGGGUGA